AAGGAGGAGGAGGAGGUGAGGGUGAGCUUGAGUGUUUUCCCUUGGCUUGGCCUCCAUUGUUACAUCCCCUUCCACUCCAUCUCUUGCUUCCCUUAACCCCUCCCCCAAUCCCCCUCACCUUGCCUUAACCCCACCCCCCAAAUCCAGCCUUCCAAGCUUCAACUUUCUCCUGGAGUUUUGCUGUUGAUACCUGGACAAGUUGCUGCUCGGGCCAACUUGAUCCAGUGCCUAUCAAACAAGUCCAGUUACUUAGCUUCCCAUUUCUUGCGGUUAUUACCAUCACGGAGCAGUUGGCUCCUGUCAGUUCGUACCAAAAGGGCAGCAGUUGCAUCCCCAUCCUUCCACCACAUGCCUGACGAACUCCUUGGUUUCCCUCUUGGAUUCGUGGAUUAAUGGGCGACCAUCUCGCAUUGCUUGUGGAUCGGCUGCUGACGGAGUCGACGCUGGACGCGGCAAUCAGGAAGCAGGUGGCCGAUUUGCAGGCGGAGACGGUGGCGAUCGACUACUGCUGCGACGGCGAUGGCGGCUCCGCGAGGAAGAUGGUGGAGUGCAGGAUUUGCCAGGAGGAGGAUUGGGAUACCAGCAUGGAGGCUCCCUGUGCCUGCUGCGGCAGCCUCAAGUAUGCGCACCGGAAAUGCAUUCAGCGUUGGUGCAACGAGAAAGGUGACACCAUUUGCGAAAUAUGUUUGCAGCAAUUCAAACCUGGUUAUACUGCCCCACAGCAACUGUUUCACUAUGGAAGUAUACCGAUGAACUUCAGGGGGAAUUGGGAGAUUGGUAGGCAAGAUCUCCAUGAUUCCCAGAUAAUAACAAUGGUGCCAUCAGAGCGGGACUUUAUGGAUGGUUAUGAGGACUACUUACCCACAAGGACAAGAAGCAGCACACUGUGUUGCCGAACAGUCGCCAUAAUUUUCAUGGCGCUCUUGGUUCUUCGGCACACGCUUCCUCUUAUGAUUGGUGGGAAUGGGGAGUACUCAUUGGCCCUAUUCUCGAUUCUUGUAUUGAGGACUGCGGGAAUUCUAUUUCCGAUCUUGGUCAUGGUGAGAGCAUUGGCAACCUUCCAUCGUCGUCGUCGCCAGCAGGAAAGCCGGGAAAUGUAUAUGACUUCGUCAGACAGUGAAGAGGAGGAGGGGGAUUCAGAUACCAAUUCUGCACAGCCAAUUCACUCUCAGACACGCCUGGUGCCAAUUUACUGACAUGAUCAAGAACGAUGUCUUCACCUCCAGUAUCGGCUUUGUGUGGUUUGCACUUCAUAGAGCAAAAAUUCGCGCAAAAAAAUCAAAAAAAAAGAGAGAGAGAGAGAGAAAAAAGAAGAAGAAAGUGACCAUAUGUGACAUAGUAAAUGAAGAUAGUUUGAAGCCACUCGCUUCAAGGUGCACUUGCAAGAAUGUAGUGGCUCUGUACAUAUGAGAAAGGAACUGAUCGCCUGCUAACCCAGAUGCUGUAACUUGUGAGCUUCUCUUGCACUGCAGCAAGUUCAGCUACCUCCUAUGUAUUGAAAAUAUUGUUACUAUUCAGAUUACUUGCAAAUGGAAGGAAUUACACGUUAUU